UGAAUAUAAAUGGAGCAACGAGAGCACACAUUUGCCUCUGCUUCCUUGAUAAAAAGCUACUAACUAGUUUUUUAAAACAUUUGCCAGGAUUACGACGUAUUAGACCCGUAUCAUUUCGUGUCAAAAUGAAUACUGAAUGGUUGUCCGCGUGUUUUGCUCCGCUGGAAUCUUUUUUCAACGGGAUACGUCUGUAAACACAAGCACGAGCUCCUGCAGCGUGUCCGUUUCUAUAGCAACGCCUAACACUAAAGCGAGCAAGUCAUGGUCCGCAUCAGUGAGGAUCUGAUCCGCCGCAGAGCCGAACACAAUAAUGGUGAGAUCUUCUCCCUGGAGGAGGUUUCCCUCCAUCAGCAGGAUAUCGAGAGGAUCGAGCACAUCCACAAAUGGUGCAGAGACCUCAAAAUUCUCUACUUACAAAACAACCUCAUCCCUAAGAUAGAAAAUGUAGGCAGACUAAAGAAGCUGGAAUAUUUAAAUCUGGCAUUGAACAACAUCGAAGUCAUUGAGAAUUUAGAAGGCUGCGAAAGCUUACAGAAACUAGACCUGACGGUGAAUUUCGUGGGUAAGCUGAGCAGUGUGGAGUCUCUGAAGCAGAACCUUCAUCUCAGAGAGCUCUACCUGGUGGGAAACCCCUGUGCUGAUUUUCAUGGAUACAGACAGUAUGUGGUGGCAGUUCUACCUCAACUGCAGUGGUUGGACGGGAAAGAAAUUGGUCGAGCUGAGCGUAUCCAGGCCUUGCAGGAACUGGAUGCAGUCAGGGGGUGUGUUUUAGAGCAGGAGGCGGAGUAUUUAGAGAAGAGAGAGAAGCAAAAGAGGAGUGGUUUGAAAGAGACCUCAGUCACAGGAGAGCAGGAGCAUCCUCAAAUAAACCAAUCGCUCACAGAGAACCAUAAUAGGACCCAUCAAAAUCCAGAAUCAAGCUCCAAGACUCAUACAGACGCAGAGGAUAUGGAGAGGGAAUUCUGGGAAAAGCCAUGUGCAUUCACACCAGAAUCCAGACUAGAGGCCCAUCGCCAUCUGGAGGACAAGAAGAGGGCCAAAGAGAAAGAGAGGGAGAAGCCUAAAAUGAAAACCCCCAGAACUCUGAUCACUGCAGACGGAAGAGUGCUGAACGUCAACGAGCCCAAGUUGGACUUCAGUCUUACUGAGGAUGAGAACAACUGCCUGCUUCUGGAUUUACAUGUUUACAGGCAUAUGGACACCUCCCUGCUGGAUGUGGAUGUUCAGCCAACAUAUGUGAGAGUGACCGUCAAAGGAAAGGUGUUCCAGCUGGUUCUGCCUGCAGAAGUGAAACCUGACAACAGCACAGCACAGAGAUCCCAAACCACCGGCCACCUGCUCCUCAUCCUGCCUCUGGCACAUGGAGAGAUAAAAACAAAGAAACCCACUGUAAGGCCGGCCAGUGUUACCAGUAACCAGAAUACCAAGAAAGAGACCAGGGCAGUGCCAGGGCGUGAAUUAUUGGAGGUGGAUCCCGGUCUGGUUGGGAGUCUGGCCAAUAUUGUUCCCAAAGGAAAGGAGUCUUCCCACAAGCCCCUGCAGCUCUCACAGCCUCACCAGCAUUGUGGCGUCGAGGAGAGGCCUGUGUCAAAAGACUUUGUGGAUGAUCCAGAAGUGCCUCCACUUAUAAAAAUGAAGCCAGAAUAUCCCAGAAACACUGAUUACUUCAUUUGGAGUCCAAGUCUGCACAGUAGUGACCCUGAGGUGGAGUCGCAGUAUCAAGGUCUCGCCCAUACUCCCGCUCCCGCAGACUCAUUUGCAAGCACAGCUGUCAAUCAUGAGGUCAUAUCUUGUUUUUAUAGCCUCAAAUAAUUAGCUAAAACCAAACUUAUUGGAAAAAUUAACAUUUGAAAAUACUGUGAUAAGAACUACUUAAAGGGAUCACCCGAAAAUGAAAAUUCUAUGGAAAAAUAAAUACUAUGUUAGUCAAUGUGGGGCGAGAUCUGUUUGGUUCUUCACAUUCUUCCAAAUAUCUUCCUUUGUGUUCAGCAGAACAAAGAAAUUAAUACAGGUUUGUAACAACUUGAGGGUGAGUAAAUGAUGACACAGUUUUCAUUUUUAGGUGAACUAUCUCUUUAACAUGUCUGAAACCAUCUUCAGAACAAAAUUAUUUGAAGUGUAAUUGGAUUUUUUAACCCUUAAAUGCAUACCUCGGGUCUUUAGUGACCCGAGACGUCAUUCACUACCCUCCUCCUCAUUCAUUUUUUAAAGUUAGACUUCAACCUUCUUGAUAUUCCUCAAUUCAUUAUAAAGAAUAUAA